UUUUGGUUUUGGUUUCUUGCGUAUUACGGAAGGUUGGCCUUUUUUUUUGUGAUUGUGUACUCACGCAAAGGGAGAUAUUUAUUCAGCGUUCCGAUUGUACCUCCUACGCGAACCCGAGAAAAAAUGUUGCAACAGCCACGGAAAUGGGCCUACGUGCCACGCGCGUCUGCUUUUUCACCGAAGAAGUCCGCGUCGGGAGCCAGCGCACUGCAUAUAAAAACUUCCGGUGUGGCAGAGACGGCUCCCGGUGUUGCGAGCCAUGCAGCAGAGCAUCUCCGAUCGGCAUCACCGGCGCGACAAGGAACGCGCCCAGCCAACCGGUCGAAAUCUCCGCAACGCCAAUUGGGAACCGCGACCACAACUUCGAGAGUGACCGACCUAGACGACACCUCUGGUGCGUUGUCGCCUCUGAAGCAGAUUCGCGAUGAGUUUCGGAUUGCCAUCGAAGAUGCGAAAAAGGAGGACGGCACCUUUUCCACCGAGGAAGAAAAGGAAAUUACCGAGGUUGGCAACGGAAGGAAAAACCAAGAAAAGCCGGAGGCGAUAAAAAUAGCGCUCACCUCGAAGCUUUUGCAAUCGAACCUUUCGCAAGACAAGUCGGCGUGUGAAUUAACGUUCAGCUUUCUCGACAGUGUCGAUCCGCUUUUCUACAAAGAGGAGGAAGCAACGACGGAGCAAGCGAUCGUACCCGUGGUCCCUGUGGAGCAGAUUCGCGAGUAUCAGCUCGUCGUGAAAAAUUUGCGGAAAUUGGAUUUGUCCGGCAACAACCUGCGUAAAAUCGAGAACCUGGAGCCACUGGUGCAACUGCGGGAACUCUCCCUGCAUUCCUGCGAGAUCGAGAAAAUGGAAAACCUGGAACACUUUCAGUUUCUCGAGCGACUGGAACUGCAGUACAACAAAAUUGCGAAAGUUCAAAACCUCGAAAACCUGAAGUCGCUCACAUUUUUAAACCUGGACAAAAACAAAAUCGACACCAAGGGGUUGCUCGCGACACCAGCGACUGCGAAUAUCGGAGCUGCUUCUGGCGCAACUGCAUUCAACGGGGCUGCGCAAAGCUCCCUACCGCCGAGCAAUGCGAGCAGCGCGGCGCAAACCCCGGUGUCUGCCUCGUCUAGCCGACUUGUAGGCAGUCGACCCGGUUCCGGUGUUUCAUCAGUUUUCUCGUCCGCUGCUGGUAGCGUCAACUUGCUUUCUUCUUUCACGCGAAAGGGCCAGAAACUGCAGCUCUCACAACUAGAUACGGUCAGCGAAGCAGGAGAGCAGCUGCUAGCGCAGCAGGAGAGCACAGGGAGCAGUUUUGGCAAAUCCAGCAGAACAUCAAGAGCAGGCUACAACGCGGCUACGGGCCGACAGGGAGGGAACAGAGCCAGGUCCGUCUUUCCGCCCAGCCUGAAAGAGUUGCACCUGUCGCACAAUCGUAUCGCGAACUUGUCAACCAGUCUGCAGUGGCUCCCGAAGUUGGAAGUGCUGUGUCUGAACCACAACAGAAUCGGCUCAAUUCUGCUCUCGAGUGCUGGAUCUCGAGGAGAGGAUCAGGGCGAGUCCGUAGCUUCGUCAGUGUGUCCUACGCCGCUGUCGACCGCACGCAGUGGGCGGUCUUCGUCACACAGUUCCAGCGCUGCGGUGUCCUUCUCGUCGCGCGCAUCAGAAUCCACUACACUGCAGCGGCCCUCCAUCAGCGAACUGGCCUUGAGUAAGACCUUUGUGCCGCUGCACAAGGCACUAGGGAACUUGUCGGCGCUGAAGGAACUGGAGUUGGACUUCAACCAGAUCGACAACCUGAGCUUCUUGUUCACCAAGAAAACCCCGGGGGAGCUAGGAGUGGUACUCACAGGAAAUAGUACUGGUACAAAUUCUGCGGAGAUCAUGAACAGAACAAGUGGAACCGGGAGACCCGUCGACUUGACCCAAGGAUCGCUGGGUGCGCAGAGUUUCAGCAAAGGGGCGAAUAAAACAAGUUCUGUCAACACAAAUAGCCUGAGCAACGAGCCAGUCCGGGUCCCGACCAUGCCACGCCUGAUGACGUUGAGUCUGGUGCAGAACAGAAUCACUUCGCUUUCCACAAGUCCCUCGUCUGGGAGUGCGACGUCCUCGUCCUCGUCAGCAGAUCCUCAAUCGUCCAAGAAACCGCCGCCGCCAUCGGAACAAGCAGGAGCGACGCACAACCAGGCGACGUUGCCAGAGCUGCGCGAACUGUUUCUGAACAACAACGGGAUUCGUGCGCUUUUUCCCGAACAAAGUGACGACGGUCGUUUUGCUGACACUGCAAGAUCUUCCGCGAACGAGCUUUCUGGCACCUGUAAUACUCAAGUGUUCACGGGUCUAGAGGCGCUGGACUUGGCGGGAAACCCGCUGGUCGGGCCGACAGCGAAGGUCGUGUCGCAGAUCGCGGAGAACUUCGGGGAAACCCUGGCGGAAUUGCAUAUGAAUGUGGUGAAAGAUGAAGCUGAAAGAGCAGAACAGCAGCGGGAAGGCGAAGAUGACCCAAGAAAUGCAGAUCAGAAGACCACGGGCACGGAGCCUGAGUUGAAGAACGCAGCAACCAGUGAUCCAGCAGAACCAGUCGAUGGAGAUGAUCAUCCAUCUGAGCAGCUACAGGAGACAGGGGAAAUCAGAAAAGAACAGGAGAAAGACGCCGAGGAGCCUGAAUUCCUCGAGGUGAUAAAGCAAGGCAGCAAAUUUAAGUGUCUGGCGUUUCUGAACGACGAGCCGGUGCCGAUCGCGUGGAAGAACGCAACAACUGGAAAUGGUGCGAACAAGAGUCCGAGCAAAGCACGGCAAGGCAUGAGCCACGAGCUGGACGCGGAAUUUCUGCUGAAGCUGGAAGAUGUUUUGGUUGACGGCGCCGCGGCCGAUCAAGCAGAUUGGGACAACCAGCCUGACGCGGAUACUGAGGGAACGGCAAACGCCGAGGAUCAAAAUGCUGCCACGACAGUGAAUACACGACAACAUGUGAACAUCAAAACAGCGGAUGAUCUCGAGAAUACCCUGAAAAAGAAGAGUUUGAUCCUGCAAACCAACAACAAGCAGCUGCAGUUGCUCGAAGCGCACGACAAGUCCACUGCGGUCGAGAAGCUUUCUCACCACACGGGCACGAACAAGCGCCGGUUCUUCAAGGAGCCUGAGCUGCUGAACUGGGAGCAGGAGCAGUUACAGCUGGUCGAGCAGUUUCAGCAGGGCGCCAGUAAGCUACUGGACGAGAGCAAAGCGCAGCUGGAAAAGUUCACCCGAGCCAUUCAAAAGCACGAAGACUGCAUAAAGCGGGAGGAGAUGCUGCACGGCGAAAAGGUUCAGGAAGAAAUAGAAGCGCUUAUCACACGGAAAGGUUUCUUCAUCUUCAGCGGAGGUCGGUGCUUGAGGCCAUCUGCAAAGGGGCGUAUACUUGCAUAAACUAGAAUCGUCGUGAAGUGACGCAGCGUGCUGUUUUUCGCUUUCUCGUUGCAGAUAAUGAAGACAGAGCCAAUUUGUUGGCAAAAUCUGCUGUACAUACUUAAUUAUCUGCAACUCAUGAUGAUGAUGAUGAAUAACUUCGGAGCGAGCUGUUCUGAUGCGGACCAUGCCCAAGGAAACUUUUCCACAUGAUAGCGCAAAAAAGGGAGGAGUUUUUGACUCUGGACACCAUUUUGGAACAGGAAGAAUCCGAAAUGGACAAGCUUGCCGACGAAGAAUUCAUAUCAAAUGCAAAAAUGUCUGGGUCUGGAAACUUGUAAUGCUAAAAAUGAAUGAUAGACGCACUGCAAUACGCAGCUAUGCAUGACAAAUUUUUUGACUGCCAUGUCUUACGCAUUUCGCAUGGCAAACUGCUUUUUUGCAUGACAGGUAAGAGGGCUUUUUCGUGCCUAUGCAACACAGAUUCUCGAGUCAUGCCAGGCAAGCAUGACAAACUUGCAUUCUUCCAGACCCAGACACUUUUACAGUUGAUAAUUCAAGAAGUGGCAGACGGAGCUGGGCGGAGUUUUGCGUGGCGGGGAGGAAGAGGUACGCUUGAGCAUUUUGCUUGAACAAAUUUGAACCACGUUCAAAGGAAAAGUGUUGGCAGGUCCGUUUGAACAAAUCAGUGCACGACCAUAGGUCAGAAUUUUGCUGCCUACAGACUUCUUCAAACACGUCUUUCAACAGGCUGUGCUGCGCCGACCGGAGAGGCUCGCACUGAAUCUGAACCUGCACGGAGACUUGUUGGAGCCUUCCCUGGCAGAAGAACUCGAAAAGAUCCGUCGCUCUCCGUUCAAAAAGCGGUCCAUGUCAACCAUUUCCGAGGAAGCAAGUUGA